AUGGCACGCAUCAUCUGGGACGUGCCAGAUGAACCUAAUGGAGCCAUACUGGCGUACCGCGUCACGUACCUGUUGAACGGCUCGCAGGCACUUAACUUCACGCAGGAGUUCCCACCAUCCGAUCGCACAUUCCGAGCUACACAGUUGCUCGCUGAGCGUUACUAUCUCUUCAGUGUGACGGCUCAGACGCGGCUAGGUUGGGGCAAGACCUCAGUGGCACUGGUGUACACCACCAACAACAGGCAGAUCUCACGCUCGCAGGUGCAAUCGGAGCAGAUUACCUUCAGCUGGACACCAGGACGGGAUGGGUUCGCACCGUUACGCUAUUAUACGGUUCAGUGCCGCGAGAAUGAGGGCUCUUGGGCGCUUAUCCCGGAGCGUGUGGAUCCUGCGGUCACGGCAUAUACCGCAAGUGGUUUGAAACCGCAUACGCACUAUCAGUUCCGGAUACAGGCUACGAACGAUCUGGGGCCUUCUAGCUCUCACAAGGGUGAAAUUGACUUAUCACACCGAGGUUCACCGUCCGAUCUGAGCAACGUCGUGAAGCAGCCAUAGGAAGCAUUAUCUGGCCCACCAAGGGGGUUCGUCGGUUCAGCUCGAUCGUCCACCGAAAUCAUUAUCCAGUGGAAACCAUCGCUCGAGGAGCUCCGAAAUGGGCAGAUUCGUUGCCGGUUGUUCGGAUACAAUGCGAGUCCCUGUAAUUAUCGUUAUAUCACAAACGAAGCUCAGCGCAACUACUUGAUUCAGGAGCUGAUCACGUGGAAGGACUACGUGAUCCAGAUCGUGGUUUACAACAACAUGGGCGGUGGAGCAUCCACAGGCAGUGGUCUCAGUGUUAGUGGUACUGCUGGUGGUGUUGGAGGAACAUCUCCUGGAGGUGGCAGUGAGAUCGCCGUCGAAACGACUGACGGGGAUAUCGAGCAACCGGUCAAGACGGAGAUGAAGGUGUUGACGGUGCCACCGAACCUGCUAGAUCCAGUACAUGAGGCGGUACCUUCAAUGGGCCCGGUUGUGGUUGAAACCAACGCGACUUUGUCGACGACGAUCGUGGUCCGGUGGACUGAGGUGCCAAAGGUACAUCAGAAUGGUAACUACACCUUCAUCGCGACGUUGACUGAGCUGAAAAAGUACGUGCAGUACGACAUCCAGGUGUUGGCGUACACGCGCCUUGGUGAUGGCGCUCUCAGUACACCACCCGUGCGCAUUCAGACGUUUGAGGACACACCGGGUGCACCGUCGAAUGUGUCCUUCCCGGAUGUGUCCUUCAGCAUGGCACGCAUCAUCUGGGACGUGCCAGAUGAACCUAAUGGAGCCAUACUGGCGUACCGCGUCACGUACCUGUUGAACGGCUCGCAGGCACUUAACUUCACGCAGGAGUUCCCACCAUCCGAUCGCACAUUCCGAGCUACACAGUUGCUCGCUGAGCGUUACUAUCUCUUCAGUGUGACGGCUCAGACGCGGCUAGGUUGGGGCAAGACCGCAGUGGCACUGGUGUACACCACCAACAACAGGCAGAUCCCACAGGCACCUUCAGCACCGCAGAUCUCACGUUCGCAGGUGCAAUCGGAGCAGAUUAGCUUCAGCUGGACACCAGGACGGGAUGGGUUCGCACCGUUAUGCUAUUAUACGGUUCAGUGCCGCGAGAAUGAGGGCUCUUGGGCGCUUAUCCCGGAGCGUGUGGAUCCUGCGGUCACGGCAUAUACCGCAAGUGGCUUGAAACCGCAUACGCACUAUCAGUUCCGGAUACAGGCUACGAACGAUCUGGGGCCUUCUAGCUCUCACAAGGGUGAAAUUGACUUAUCACACGAGCUGAUCACGUGGAAGGACUACGUGAUCCAGAUCGUGGUUUACAACAACAUGGGCGGUGGAGCAUCCACAGGCAGUGGUCUCAGUGUUAGUGGUACUGCAGGUGGUGUUGGAGGAACAUCUCCUGGAGGUGGCAGUAAGAUCGCCGUCGAACCGACUGACGGGGAUAUCGAGCAACCGGUCAAGACGGAGAUGAAGGUGUUGACGGUGCCACCGAAUCUGCAAGAUCCGUUGGCCGAACAGAAUGUCGUUUUGGCGGGAUUACACAAGCAUACAGACAUGGCACGCAUCAUCUGGGACGUGCCAGAUGAACCUAAUGGAGCCAUACUGGCGUACCGCGUCACGUACCUGUUGAACGGCUCGCAGGCACUUAACUUCACGCAGGAGUUCCCACCAUGCGAUCGCACAUUCCGAGCUACACAGUUGCUCGCUGAGCGUUACUAUCUCUUCAGUGUGACGGCUCAGACGCGGCUAGGUUGGGGCAAGACCUCAGUGGCACUGGUGUACACCACCAACAACAGGCAGAUCCCACAGGCGCCUUCAGCACCGCAGAUCUCACGCUCGCAGGUGCAAUCGGAGCAGAUUACCUUCAGCUGGACACCAGGACGGGAUGGGUUCGCACCGUUACGCUAUUAUACGGUUCAGUGCCGCGAGAAUGAGGGCUCUUGGGCGCUUAUCCCGGAGCGUGUGGAUCCUGCGGUCACGGCAUAUACCGCAAGUGGCUUGAAACCGCAUACGCACUAUCAGUUCCGGAUACAGGCUACGAACGAUCUGGGGCCUUCUAGCUCUCACAAGGGUGAAAUUGACUUAUCACACGAGCUGAUCACGUGGAAGGACUACGUGAUCCAGAUCGUGGUUUACAACAACAUGGGCGGUGGAGCAUCCACAGGCAGUGGUCUCAGUGUUAGUGGUACUGCAGGUGGUGUUGGAGGAACAUCUCCUGGAGGUGGCAGUAAGAUCGCCGUCGAACCGACUGACGGGGAUAUCGAGCAACCGGUCAAGACGGAGAUGAAGGUGUUGACGGUGCCACCGAAUCUGCAAGAUCCAGUACAUGAGGCGGUACCUUCAAUGGACCCGGUUGUGGUUGAAACCAACGCGACUUUGUCGACGACGAUCGUGGUCCGGUGGACUGAGGUGCCAAAGGUACAUCAGAAUGGUAACUACACCUUCAUCGCGACGUUGACUGAGCUGAAAAAGUACGUGCAGUACGACAUCCAGGUGUUGGCGUACACGCGCCCUGGUGAUGGCGCUCUCAGUACGCCAAAGCCCGUGCGCAUUUAGAUGUUAGAGGACACACCGGGUGCACCGUCGAAUGUGUCCUUCCCGGAUGUGUCCUUCAGCAUGGCACGCAUCAUCUGGGACGUGCCAGAUGAACCUAAUGGAGCCAUACUGGCGUACCGCGUCACGUACCUGUUGAACGGCUCGCAGGCACUUAACUUCACGCAGGAGUUCCCACCAUGCGAUCGCACAUUCCGAGCUACACAGUUGCUCGCUGAGCGUUACUAUCUCUUCAGUGUGACGGCUCAGACGCGGCUAGGUUGGGGCAAGACCGCAGUGGCACUGGUGUACACCACCAACAACAGGCAGAUCCCACAGGCGCCUUCAGCACCGCAGAUCUCACGCUCGCAGGUGCAAUCGGAGCAGAUUACCUUCAGCUGGACACCAGGACGGGAUGGGUUCGCACCGUUACGCUAUUAUACGGUUCAGUGCCGCGAGAAUGAGGGCUCUUGGGCGCUUAUCCCGGAGCGUGUGGAUCCUGCGGUCACGGCAUAUACCGCAAGUGGCUUGAAACCGCAUACGCACUAUCAGUUCCGGAUACAGGCUACGAACGAUCUGGGGCCUUCUAGCUACAGCCGUGAGAGUGUGCAGAUCCGAACAUUGCCGGCAGCUCUCUCGGAAGGCAUCACAGGACUUGAGGUGGUGCCCAUUACAACUACGAGCGUGCGCGUCCAGUGGACGGCUCUACGAGCUGCGGCCUGGAAUGGAGACGCCGACAUCGGUGGCUACCGGAUCCUGUACCAACCACUAUCUGACUUCCCAUCAGCGCUCCAGAGUACACCCAAGCUGGACGUUCUCGGGGUCCAGCAGGUGUCGGCUGUGUUGGCCGAUCUCACACAGGAUCGCAACUACGAGCAACCGUUCAACUCGCAGGGUUCAGGACCACCAUCACAACCGGUCGCGGUAUACGUCAGUGAAGCAGUUCCGAUAGGGGAACCACUCGGAAUCGAGGGUGAGCGCUGGAACCCACCACGACAGAACACGCAGAAUGGUGAGUUGCUUGGGUACAAGAUCUUCUAUCUUGUGACGGACUCGUCCGCGCAGGAUGUUGAACCGAUUCCGGUUGGGGAUGGAGCUGGUGGUGUAUCGGCACGAUCGGCACCUAUUACGGUUAAGACGCUGGCCGGUUUGCCUGGACCACCGACGCAGCUGUUGUUCAGUGACAUCACCAUGAACAUUCUUACCGUGAGCGGGGACGUGCCACAAAAGCGUAAUGGACUUAUCCUGGGCAACAUCGUUGCUUACGAAACAACCGAGGACAAUGAGAAAUUCAGCAAACAGGUGAAGCAGAAAGUAACCGGCACGAGCCUGCUAGUGCAAAACCUCGAAGAAGUGGUGACAUACACGUUCACGGUUCGCUUACAAACCAUCGACUAUGGUCCAGCGCUCAAUGGCAACGUGACGACCGGACCACAGGAUGGAUUACUUGGUUCUCCGCGUGAGUUGACCAUCAGCAAGUCGCAAGCCAGCGUGCAGAUGCACUGGAUCAACGGCCAAUCCGGCAAGGGUCCUAUCUUGGGCUACUACAUUGAGACGAAAAAGCGCGACGAUCUGCGCUGGGAGACGGUGGCACGAACGACGAAUGGGCCAUUGCAGGAGUUCACCGUUAGCUUUCAGAAUCUGUUGCCUUCAACGGCGUACAAAUUCCGUGUCAUCUCGUACAACCGGUACGGCAUCAGCUGUCCGGUGUACUCGGAGGACGCAGUGCUAACACCGUCGAAGCUCUACCUCGAGUAUGGCUUCCUGCAAUUGAAGCCAUUCUACCGACAAACGUGGUUUAUGGUAGCCCUCGCGGCGACAUCCAUCGUAAUCGUCAUCAUGGUCGUCGCCGUGCUGUGCGUUAAGAGCAAGAGCUAUAAGUACAAGCAAGAAGUUCAGAAAACACUCGAGGAGUCGAUAGCGAUGUCGAUUGACGAGCGGCAAGAGUUGGCAUUGGAGCUGUACCGAUCCCGCCACGGAACAUCCGCAAACGGUAGCGUGCACGGUGUUGGCAACGGAACAGGUGGCGGCACCGGCACCCUGAUUCACAGCACUUUGGGUCGUCGCACCGGUACCAUACUCGGUCGAAAGGGCGGAGGAUCAGGUUCCAGCUCAGCGGCAGCGGCCGCGGCUGCCUCGAUGGGUAAAUCACCUCCACGACCAUCACCGGCCUCGGUUGCGUACCACAGCGAUGAAGAGAGUCUCAAGUGUUACGACGAAAACCCGGACGAUAGCAGCGUCACGGAGAAACCAUCCGAGGUUAGCUCAAGCGACUCACAGGCCUCAGAGAGCGAAAACGAGAGCGUCCGGUCAGAUCCGCACUCGUUCGUCAACCACUACGUGAACAACGAUCUGCUGCGGCAAUCCUGGAAGCGUAAGAAACUGGUCCGCAACUAUUCCAGUUACACCGAUUCGGACCCCGAAGGGUCAGCUAUUAUGAGUCUCAACGGGGGGCAGAUUAUUAUGAACAAUAUGGCACGCUCGAGGGCACCAUUACCGGGUUUUAGCUCGUUCGUGUGA